CACAAAAUAAUAACAUGAAAAUUCAAUAUAUAAUAAUAAAAAUAAUAAAUAAAAAUAAUUUUAAUAAAAAUAAUUAUUAUAUAAUAAUGCUCAAAUAUAAUUAUUUAUAACAACAAUAAUAAUCAUUGGUCGAGCAACCUCGAAACUCGAAAUCCAACUCGUAAGUGGUCAUCCUAAGGGGGUUCUCGUGCCUAACUUUAAAUUGAAUAUGGUCAAACUUAGUCAAACACGUUCGAAUCUGUAAGUUUUAACUACUUAUUAAAAUAAAUCGAGUUAACUAAACUGUUCCUCUCUAUCUUUUCAACAAAUGCUUCUUAUCUCUAAUUUUCAAUGCAAAUUCGGGUCAACUAAGAGAUAUCGAUUUGACGAGGCGAACAUUGACAAACUUGCUCUCUUAGUCAAACGGUCAACCCCAAACAACUUCUACACUAAUAUAGAUAUAAGAAAAAAUUAAUAAUAUUAAUUAUUAUGUAAUUAUAAUCUAAUUAAAAAUUCAUAAUUCUCCUCCUCCUCCUUCCCCCUCCCUUCCUUCCUUUCCUUGCACCCCAAUUUGGGGGGUAAGCCGAAACAGUGAAUUUACGCUCACGUUUUGCACCCCCCUACUGUUACAAAAUAACCAAAAGGGGGUAAACACCUUGGAACUUGUGCUUACCCCUCCAAACUUGCACCCCCUUCCAUUUGCACCCCUUCCCAAACAUAGUGUAAGUAAAUAUACAUUUUCAGAGAGAGAGAGAGAGGGAAAACCGAGGAAAUGAUUAUAGCGCAUGCAAAAAGCUAAGGGCGAUAGCCGGGUAACAGUGGCUUAGCUUAAUUAACUACUGCUUCCAAUUAUGAUACGGGCGGGAAGCUGGUCUCUAUGCAGAUUGGAGAUGACAACUGACCUGUUUCACAUGUUUUGGACUGAGUAAUACUUGCUUGGUAAGUGGUGUGGGGAGCAUAUGAGUACUGUCUUUGAUGCGAUCGUCGUGACCCAUUUCAUUCUCUACUUUUUUUUCUCUCUCUAUUAAUUACAUGUAAUUCUACUUAAAUUAUUAGGAUUUUACUUUUAGUAACUCACAUUUUAACUAUAACAAAUUUGAAAUUAGGUGAGAACUCGAGUAAUUUAACUAUUUCUUAAUUUAUUAAUGAAAAAUUUAAUAUUUCUAAUAUUUUUCUUUUCAAUUCAAUCACGCGCACUCAUAUGAGCAGCUGACACGCGCCCCAUAAUAAAUUACUCGAACUGAUCUCGACGUGCCACGAGGCAUAUAUGGGUAUCGAUAUUAUACCCUUCAGAUCUGCCUCGGUGCAAUUUUUAAUGCGGAUGAGAAGGUGAUAUAAGAUGCAAUUGGGAAUGAAAAUGGUGCAGGUCCGGGACGGGUUUCUUAAUACCCAGACCCGCCCCCGUGGCAGGUCGGGUCCAGAUCGAGUAAUUUAUCACGGAUCGCGGGUCGGGGCAGGUCGACCCAAUGAGUAUGCAAUUUAUAUGAAAAACAUUAGAAAUAUUCAUUAUUUUUUAUUAUAAGACCGAGAAAACAAGCAAUAUUAUGAUGAAUGUAGUUAAAAUAUGAUGUAAUAAUAGAAAAUUUCUAAGUAAUCUGACUAAGAUUACAUGUAAUUCAGUCAAGAACGGGUCGAGAAUUGGGCGGGUUAGGGCAGGUCGGUUCGAUGAGCGUACCCAUGCCCGCCCGCCCCGCCUACGGGACGGGUCAAACUCGCCCAAAAACAGACCAAACAGGUCGAGUCAAAGUGGUGAGGUUAAUGAGCUGUUUAAAUUGAGACAGAAGGUAGAUCGGUUUAACUAGGGUGGAGUGGCUAGUUCUAUAUAUUGGAAGGAAGGAGAGCGAUCAGUAGUUUGGUAGGAAGCUAAGCAACAUAUCGAGAGGGACAACACACACAUUAUGAUGCUAAAAACAUCUAGUCUUACGAGAACUAAUGAAGGAUUUAUACGUGGGAAUGAAGCUUAAAUUACAAGCAAGGGUGGAAAAAGGGAUAUAAAUUAUUUGCUGACUUCAAAAUAGUAUAUUAUUGUAUAUGUUAAUUCCACACAUCACUGAUGAUGGGAUUUUUAGCUUAGUGACGACCUCUUUAGCUACCACUUUGGCGUAUCUUAUCUUACGUAUUGCCAUUGACUCGGCUGUGAAAUUCAGUUGGAUGGAAUUUAUUAUAAGAUAUAUUAGCUAGCUUGUUACAAAGUCUUAAUUUGCUUGUGCUUUCUUAUAUAAUUAAUUAAUUCGAUAAUUGCAUUUGACAAUAUCACCUGCCCUUUGGAAGCCGUAUAUAACUAUAACAUAGCUAACAACUUCUCCUAUAAUGGUAUUUUUUAAGGCUUUUCGUUGACAAAUUGAAUAUUAUUAUUAUAUAAUGGUAUUAUUAAGGCUUUCUGUUGACAUUGAUAAUUUGGUGGUUGGUGAUAAGUUAGAUUUAUGAAUUUGUUUGUCAUAACUUGUUGUAUGGUUUGUAUUAUCCAUGUUGUCUUAAUUGGACGGAAAAUCUUUUUUGGCAAAUCUAUUGUAUCUUUCUAUUAAUUACAUUAAAAUGUACAUAAAAGACUAGUGAAUGCAGAAGCUACAUCAAUAUUGCGUGCACUCAAGCAAAUCCAUUAAUCACAGAAUGAUAGUUGUGCGACCAACAAAAGAAGAAGAAGAAAAAAAAAAACAAAUUAAAGCUACUUGUUUCUUUAGACAGAUCCCAUAUUGGCAAUACAUGCACAGAUUCAUGAGUCAUGAAGAAUAAUUCAACAUUAAUUGACAAGACACAUUUUGAAACGAAAUGAAUGAAUUCUUAUAAGAACUUGGAAGUUCAACGUACUUAGGAUGGAGCAGUGCAUAAACGAUCAACCUAUCGAGAAGACACCCUAAAGCACCCAAAAUAAGAAACAUGCGGGAUUAGAAUCGAAACAGACAAUAUCUUUGAUUAGAGAAAGGGUUGAGAUGUUAUAAAGUACUCAAUGAACGAACAAAGAUUAGGUCUAGUGAUAAUACCACUAGUCUUCUUAUACCUGGAGAUCUCAUGUUCGAAUCUAUUAAACAGUACCUAAUUAAAAUAAAAUUAAACAUGUAUCGCCAUUUUAAGAAGGAAGAAAAAUGUACCCAAUCAAUAAAUUUCUUAUCUAUUACUUAUCAACAACGGAUUGUAGUGAACAAGAGUUAGAUACCAUUACUUAUUCAUCUUAAAUCUUGAUGUCUCAUGUUCGAAUCUCUGAAGAAAAUUCGGCAUUCAAAUUUUUUUUUUUAUAGUCCUAAUUAGCAUUUUGGUAAAGAGAAGCAAGAAGCUAGCAUGACAGGGAAUAGACGGUGAAAGAAACCAGCAAGAGAGUAACCGGAGACAGAGCGAGGAAAAGGAGAAUCCAGCUGGGGCCGGUGGCCGGGAAACAGGUCGACCAAAAAGAGAUUUAUUUAUAUAAAUCCAAACCAAAAAACGGGUAGUAAAUGCUGGUUAGGGAAGAUCUCAGUACUCCCAUCCUUCAAUAUUAAUUCUCCACAUUGCUCAGAUUCCAUCGAGAAAAGAAAGCAGAAAAAGUGAAAAACACAGAGAGAGACAAAAACUCAUAGCCAUAGAGAGCCAGAGAGACAAAGCUCAUUCAUUUCUCUCUUUCUGUUCUCUUCUCCUUCUGCUUUUCUUCAUUCUCUCCUUUCCUUUGGAUAGUAUAAAGAAGAAGCAAGCCAUUACCCUCUGGCUUUUGGUGUUGUCAUUCUUCCUUAUUUCCGCAUUCAUUAAUUCCUCUUUUUUGCACUCGCCAUAACCACAACAUCACAGUCUGUUGCAUCAAAAGACAAACCUCUGUUUUGCCACUUCUGGCCAACCCAAUUCUUCUUCGCCCACUCUGUUUUUCCUUUCUUUCGUUCACUCCAAGGAAACUCCUUUCCCCUCUUUGUUUUCAUCUCUGUUCUUUUUCCCCCACUACCUCAGUGUUUUGCUCUUUUGAUGAUACUGAGGUAAACCUGAGGCUUCGAGGGAGCGCUUCCUCGCCAUCAUUUUCUAGUUGUUGUUUGGGUUAUUUAAUAUGUGGAGGGUGGAUGGUGAUGCUGUUGAGAUUUUGAAAGCCAAAGCCAGGCUUUAAAAGAGAAAAGAGAGGGCGUUGGUGCGCUGAUUCUGUUUUUAUUUCGCUUGCUCUUUUUGGGGUGAACAAUGGGUAGUGGCAAGAUGGAAUCUUUUGUCAAGGAGAAGCUCAGGGACCUCUGUUCCAGCAACAAUGGCUGGUCUUUUGGACUCCUCUGGCGCUUUGAUCACCGAAAUUCCAUGUUGCUAAAAAUGGAGGAUGCCUAUUAUGAAGAGCAAAUGAAGACAGUAGUUAAGGAUUUGCUUCCCCAUGUCCACAUGCUUGGUGAAGGAAUGGUUGGCGAGACAGCUUUUAGUGGGAAGCACAAAUGGAUUUCCUGUGAUGCUGAUGAUAGUGGAUGGAGUGACUCUGAGAUUACCAGAUUGCUGUCUUCUGGAAUUAAGACAGUUUGCAUGAUCCCAUUGGGUUCACAAGGUGUCAUACAGCUUGGAUCCGUGCAUAAGAUUUCUGAGAGACAAGAGAUUGUGGAUCAUACCAAAAGAUUGUUUAGUGACAUGGAGAACGCUGAAUCUUUCGAUCCAAUGACCACCAGCACUGCUUCAUCUUUGACCUAUGAUGCUGCUUCUUCUGAUCUCAGUGACUGGUUUGCUUCCUUCUGUGCUGGAACCAUCUCACCCAUCCAUGGUGGAAAUUGUGAUGAGCUCGUAGAAUUCGGUUUUACUUCAUCAAACUUCACUCGGUCGUCUGCUCCAACAUCAGAUAUUGAACAAGAAAGGAUUGUUCCUUCACUUAUGAACUCAAACCGUGAGCAUGCUUCACCAGAGUCAGCAGGCAAAAUGGAUUGCAUCAGUACAUGGAGCAGUGAAGGUUCCAUUUUGACCUCACUAGAGUCACAAUUGGCUUCAGAGAUCCAGGUCUGUGAUUUUCCGUGGAUGCUUUCGUCUGGUGUAUAUACUCCAAUGUCUCAUGGCAAUUUGCAAGAGAGUGCAACACUUGCUCCAUGUUACAAUACAGGAGUGUUGAUCGAUGUGGACAAGUCAAGUCAAGUAUAUGCUGAAAGAUCUGGGAUUAAGAAUGAGCCUUCGACUGUCAUUAAGCUCGAGGAACAAGGAACCUUAUGUGGGUUUCCUGAAGAGUUUAAGCAGGAUGAUUUCUCCAACUUUUUCAUGUUGGAGGACCCAUUUGAGUGGACUCCUUGUUCACAAAGCCAAAGCAUUAAUGUUAUGACUCCACAAGUUGAGGCGAAUGUUUCACAAUCGGUAGGCUUUGGUGCACCACCUUCUAGCCUGCUUGAAGACGUUUGCAGUGAACAACAAAAACCUGCAGUCUCCUAUGCUGCUCAGAGUGAUCUGUUCGAAGUCCUUGGUCUAAAGUUCGCUGAUGGACAAGUUGGUAAAAGGGAUAAUUUGAUGGCACCUUUGGUUAGUGGUAUUCAGCCAGGUACUAGCGCAGAAGUCUCGAAGCUCAACCCAACAUUAAAUGGUAUCUGGAAGCAGAAGGGCUUAUUCUCAGAACUGGGACUUGAAGAGCUUCUAGGUGGCCAUAAGAGUUCAAGCUUUGCUAGUACUAAAUCCAGCAUUAUCAACUAUGGGCUAUUGUCACCUAACAAGAGAAGAAAAAUGGAGAAUUCAUCAUCACUCAGUGUUAACCAACUUCACUUAGGGAAUGUCUCCUGUUCAGCUAGCAGCAGCACAAGCAUGCUGUCCGCUAGUGGUUUCGACAAGACAAAGUCGCCAAUGGCACAAUUUAUUGAAGACAGCUUCAGCAGCAUCAACUCCAGAGGAGGUAUUCCAGGAAAAGCUAAGAAGCCAGACGAUCCUGCUAAUAAGUCGGGUGCCAAGAAGAGGGCUAGGCCUGGUGAGAGCACUCGGCCAAGGCCAAAAGAUCGACAGCAGAUCCAAGACCGUCUCAAGGAGUUGAGAGGCAUAGUUCCCAAUGCUGAAAAGGAUAGCAUCGACAAUUUGUUGUACAGAACCAUCAAACACAUGCUUUUCUUGCAGAGCGUGGCAAAAUAUGCAGACCAGCUUAAACAAGUUGAUAAGCCAAAGAUUUCAGCGUGCGAAGGUGGUUGUGGAGCUACCUGGGCGUUAGAAGUUGGCGAUGAAAAAGUGGUUUGUCCCGUCAUAGUUAAAGAUCUAGCCCCACCUGGACUAAUGCUUGUAGAGAUUCUGUGCAAGGACCAGGGAUACUUUCUUGAAAUAGCCGAGGCAGUGAGGGGAUUCGGGUUGAACAUACUGAACGGAGUGAUGGAAGCUCAAGAUGAUAAGAUAUGGGCACGAUUCGUGAUCGAGGUGAAUUCGUCCAUGACAAGGGCAGAUGUACUUUGGUCCCUUGUCCCACUUUUACCCCAGAAUGCUAGUAGUGGGAUGGACCAGAAGUUGUCAAGUAAUGUUGCUGUGUCGAGAAGUUACCAGCAACCAGGGGUACUGGUUUGUCCCAUUGGCUUGGCAGAGACAACUCAAUGAUAGCAGCAGUACUUCUUCUGGUGUAGUUGUAACACCUUGAGCAAUUCAUGAUUCUGAGGCUAAAUGCUGUGAUGUAAGAGGAGAUCAGUAGUUAGAAUAGAGUAAGUGGUGAUAAGAUAGAGUAGAGUAAGAUGGAAAGUAGAUGAAUGAUACUGAAUGUGAAUACUUGGUUGUUGAUUAUAGUCACGUAGACCUUAAUUAGCUGACUUGGACGAUACAUUUCACUCGUCACCGUCUCAAACCAAACUCGUUGCUACAUCCAACUCCACCCUAAACAUACUAGAACAAACUCUAGCGACCCAUGAUUCGAUGGCAAUUUACGUAAUUCAACCUUGAUUUUGUUCGAGCUCACCGUUCGUUCACAGAUUCUUAAAGCUAAAGCCUAAGUCGUAGUAAUUUCAUGGUUCUUAUUGUUUCCUUGUCAUGCAAAGAUCACUCACCUUUCUUCCUUCUUUUUUGUUUUAUAUAUUUUUGCAGGUUUCCAAGUGGUUGCUGGUGUAAACACACUAACCAUCCACUUUCUUCCACAAAUCACCAUUGCAGUUCUGUCAUCUUUUUAAGCUAGUUUUCAAGCUGUUAUUUGAUGGCAAAAGUAAAGUAACUAGUAAAGGAACUUAUCUUUUGUCUUUUUAAAAAUGCCAGCUGAGGAAAAGGAAGAACAAACCACAGAGCACUAAAUGAUUCUCUAAGUUAAAAACUGGCUAAUUAGGUAGCCGAAACUGAUUGCUGUCAGCAAAACCAGAUUAAUGUUAGGAGAAUUAGUAAAACCUCAGAAAAUAUUAGGUAUUUAUGCAAGUGAUCCUUUUUCUAGGAAGGAUAACAGAUUGUGCACCAUGACAUGAUCUACUUGUUGCCCCCACCAUUAUUCACCAACCAAGCUUGCAGUUUCAGUAAACGGUGGCAACUGUUUUUUUUUCUUUCACUUGGACCAUUGGAUGACAAUCUACUUGUUCAAUCUCUUGGUCUCGGGUUCGAAACUAGUUGGAUACGAUGAUGAGCAGCAAUGAGCGAAGAGGAAACGAAUGAACCAAUCAAUCUCUUGGUCUCGGGUUCGAAACUAGUUGGAUACGAUGAUGAGCAGCAAUGAGCGAAGAGGAAACGAAUGAACCAAACUUGUAGAAUUGUGAGAAUAUGACUUGGGAUGGAUGCAAAUGUGUAAGUAGAACAAAGGACACGAGAGCAAUCAUACAAGAGAAGAGACAUGAAAUUUAUGUACGUGGUUUAACACAAGGUUUUUUAUAGCGUAUUUCUCUGUGCGGACAAAUAAACAUAGUGUGGAAGGGUGUCAAAUAUAUUUGUUUCAGCUUUCCGAUCAACCAAUCCCUUUUUAUUGAGUUACAAUUACACUAAAUAGAGUGUAUCCUUUUAUAGAAAGGCUUAACUCUAAAUAAUUGGAGUUCAAACCCUACAUGGAAAAGUAUUCACUAUUUCUAGAUGCAUGCUAUACUCCGGUGAUCUCUUUCCUACCGAGGCAUGCAAACUCCCAUCGUGUCCCAGAUCACAUUCCGAUAAUUGCUUAGUCUCCGUCAUUGAGGAUAAACGAAGUCAUCCUUCAAAGAAGGUAGCUGCUCGUGGGACGAGAGUGGGCCGGAAAGAAAAGGGCUUCUGAGGGGGCUCUCUCGUCUUUAGUCUUUCUCGGCGUCAAUCGUUCCUAUACCUUACCUUAUAGCCAAAGAAGAAGAGUAUCAAAGUCUCUCUAGUAUGGUAGACAAUGAGGAAGGUUAGAACUUGUCAAAACUCCACUCAGCUUAUACCUUCUUUGUUCUUUUCUGAUUUAUGUUUGGAGGUACUAAGAUGGUACCUAAGGAAUAAAACAAGAACAGGAAGUAAAAAGCCAACCUUUUUGUGAUAGUUGAGUGUGCUUUUCAAAUCAAUGGACUUUGUGGAA